AUUCACAACUAUGCCUUAAUGUCAAAAAAAAAAAAAAAAAACUACAUUCCAAAAUUACUCUAUUCCCUUAUUAGCAUUUUCCAUUCUUUAUUUAUGUUGAAGAACGUGAACUUUCUAUUUAUAUUGCCUAAGAGUCAGAACCAUAAGAUAAUAAUGUCCCUAGAGUCUACACAUGUAGAUGUUUUUUGACUCUAAUCUAGAGGCAUUUUUUUAGAUCUAAGUUUUUAAGAUAUCUAGAGAGUACUCAAAAAUAGUUUCCAAUAUCUAAAAUGGUUUUGAAUGAUGGUAUCAAUCAUCAUCAUCAUCAUCCAUCUGAAAUGUCCUUCAGAAUAACACAAGAUGGUAGGUUUUUUUCUAGGCUAAUGUCCAAGGAAACCUCAAAUGCCAACUCAUCUUCAAGGAGAGUUUUCUAUUAUGGUGAAACAUCUGUUGCUGUUCCUUUCAUGUGGGAGGCACAACCAGGAACACCUAAACAUCCUUUGUCAGAAACUUCUCUGCCUCCUCUCACACCUCCACCUUCAUAUUCUAGUACUAAUUACAAGUCCAAUGGUAAGAGAAGAAAUUCAAAAGUCAACAACAUAUUUUUUACCAUUUUGCCUAGGCUUGUAGGUUCAAGGAAAUCUCAUAAUGUGUCACCUUCUUCAUCUUCAUCGUCUUGGUCGUCGUCGUCGUCAUCGUCAUCGUUUUCAACGAGAGAUGGAAGGCUUUCAAGAUCUCCUCACUCUUCAACUUCUUUGAAAAAUAAAUUUUCAAAUGGAUUUAGAGGGUGCUAUCCUUUUGGGAGCAUGAAGAAUGCAACUGUAAGCCAUGGUGCACUUUAAAUUAAUCUCAAUGAAUUCCUUGGUUGUUAUUUAGAUAGUUUACAUCUUGUAGAAAAAAAAUCUUUGAAAUUUUAGUUGUUAAUGUGUUAAGAAUGAUGUUUGUUUGGGAAUUAGAUGUGCAAAGCAUAGUAUUGAUGUCAUUUCUCAUGAUCAAGAUAAACUAUAUGUCUAUGCUUCAAAAUUAGUUAUGAUCAAUAGAUACCUCUGCAGCACACCGACACUUCAUAUUGAAAGCAUGUGCAAUGUCUGAUAUGUCAUGUUUAAUAGAGACAUAACACCAACACAUGUUGUGUCUCUGUAUUAGUGUCUAAUAUGCAAUCAUUCAAUUUUUUCAAAUGUCUCUGUAUUAGUGUCUAAUAUGCAAUCAUUCAAUUUUUUCAAAUUAUUAUCGAUGGUAAUUUA